AUGGCGGUGGUGGUCGGCACCGACGGUGGUGGUGGGUUGGGAUGGGGGAGGAAGAAGGAAAAAAGGGAAGGGAAUUUUUUAUGGUGUGUUUUGGGCCCUGUUUAUGGAAUAACACAACAAUUGUCCCCUUCAACUUCAACUCCACCAUAUACAGGACAGCAUCUAUUUAUUCGGCCUGCUGCUAGUCCUUCAGGAAGCAGCCAGAAGGAACAUGCAUUUCCAGAGAGACCUGGCCAACCUGAAUGCCAAUGUCAUCACCCGGCUGAAUGUAGUGCACAGAAGGCAAAUCUUGUCCUUGGUCCCAAGGGUCUACAUCUACUUCGGGGUGUCGCUGUUUGCUGUCACUAUUUUCAAAAUGGAGUAUGCAAGUUUGAUCACCCAAUGCGGAGUCUAAGCUAUAGUCAAUCUGCAUCUUCUCUUCCUGAUAUGCCUGUUGCUCCUUACCCAGUGGUUAUGGAUGACUCCAUAAAGUUUGCUAAUGGAAGUAAAGAAAACAUGAUCAGUGAUGAAAACACAACCAACAUGAUCUCCUCAGAUAUCAAGGGUGGUGAUCAAGAAGGAGAUAGUGCAUCACUGUCUUCUCAAUCAAGUUCUAAUUACUUAGAGAAACUGAUGGAUGCAUCUAGGUCAAACGAAAAUGUGUUGCCACAGAAUGCAUUGCAAACUCUUCUUAGGAGACGAGAGGAACUAUUACUUCAAUUGAGCAUUGUACAGAAGAAGAUUGCCUUGUGUGAUAAAAUUAUCCAGACAAUAAUGAAAGCAUAUAAGGACAGUAUCUAUCUAUCUAUUCCACCUGCCGCUGGUCCUUCAGAUAUCAUCACCAACCUGAAUGGAGUGCACAAAAGGCAAAUCUUGUCCUUAGCCCCAGGGGUCUACCUCUCCGUCCGGGUGUUGGCUGUUUGUCAUCACUAUUUACAAAAUGAAGUAUGCAAAUUUGGGUGUUCAGGCAUGUUUGACCACCCAAUGGGGUCUCUAAGCUAUAGUCCAUCUGCAUCUUCUCUUGCCGAUGUGCCUGUUGCUCCUUACGCUGUUGGAUCUUCAAUGGGUACUCUGGCUCCAUCAUCCUCCUCAUUGGACUUGAGGCCUAAACUUAUUUUGUCAUCCAGUAAGGAUGCCUUCUCUAGUUGA